GAUACGUCGGGACGGCUCGCGGAGUUGGCUUUCCUCGUCACGCCAGUUUGUCCCGGCUCUUUUGGCGAAGUUGCGCCGCUCGGUUCGUAGCUGCCGUUGGGGAAGCUGCCGUAAAUCGGUGCCACCGACCCAAUAGACGUUGAGACCGUUUUCUUGUAUUUUUUUGCCGGUGUUUAUUUGGAAUGGCGGCCGUGUCCCAGACGCCUCUCCGGGUCCUGUGCCUACACGGUUACCGUCAGAACAGCGGCUCCUUCCGCGAUAAGACCGGAGCGCUGCGGAAGCUGCUGAAGAAGAGAGUCGAACUCGUGUACGUUACCGCGCCGCUCGGCGUGCCGGAAGUCUGCAGCGGUCAAGAGAAAAAUGGCGGUUCGGGGUCUGGUCCUGGAGGCGACGAGGACCCCAGGGGCUGGUGGUUUUCUGACGUCCGGGAGCGGAGUUUCAGCGCUCAGCAGGAGUGCCAGGAAAGCCUGGGGCUUGACGACAGCGUGAAGACGGUGAGAGAGGCUGUGAAGGACCAAGGUCCAUUUGAUGGCAUCCUCGGGUUCAGCCAGGGGGCGGCCCUGGUCGCCAUGCUGUGCUCUCUUCAAGAGCAAAACCUGGAACCAGACUUCCGUUUCCGUUUCGCCAUCCUUGUGGCGGGCUUCCGCAGCGUGUGUGAAAAACACCAAAAAUUCUACACUGUUCCCCUCCUGAUCCCCUCCCUGCACGUGUUUGGACAGGAAGACAGAGUGAUCCCUGACAAAAUGAGCCGGGAACUCCUCACCACCUUCCAGGACCCUCGGGUGCUGACACAUCCUGGUGGCCAUUUUGUGCCAGCUGCAUCUGCUCACAGACAGACUUACCAGGAGUUUCUCAAGAGGUUCGAAUGAGAAGGGAGCCUCACAGUAACCUGUUUUCCACAUUUAAGUUAUAGAGGGUGAAAAAAUGUGACAUGAAAGAGCCCAAAGCACUUAAAAUUGUGACCAGAGAAUGUAGAUUUAUAUAAAUUUUGAUUUGUGACAAUAUAAUUUUUGCUUUCUUUAUUUUAUACUGUGUGUAAGGAGUAGGGAUGGGUGCCGAAACCCGGUAUUAAAUGGGCACCGGUGCUAAAUUAUCCAUAGUAUCGAUAAGCUCCGACAAUAAUGGCUCUGCAGUUGGUAUUGGAGAGAUUAAGAAAAUAAAUGUCCUAUUUAUUCAGGCUACAUAAACGU